UCUUUGCCUUCCCAUCAAUCAUACCAUUACCACUCCCCCCAACAUGUUCUCAUUAACCUCCUCCUUCUUCUCCUCCUUCCCUCUCAGCAAAUCUCCAUUUCCAAUCCCCACAAAUCAACCAUGCGUGACAACAAUCCCCAUUUUCUCCCGCCGCAGCUCCCCGAACAGCCGGAGCCGCCGCGGCCCGGGCCCACAUUCUACCCGCCGCCGUCCGAUCACCGUCCGGGCACAUCAGCGGCGGCGCCGCCGCCGUCCGAUCACCGUCCGGGAACAUCAGCAGCGCCGCCGCCGCUCCCGGCAAAUUUUGUUCCCCGGACAAAGCCGCCGGAAGAUGAUUACAUUGACUUAACUCCUCCUCCUCCACCACAGCGCCACAAAGCGCCGCCGCCGCGACGCGGCGGCGGCAGCGGCCAGGCGCCCCACCACCACCACCCUCACCUGAGGGUGCCAUCAAGAACCAAAACCAAUCCCCUAGCAUGGCUCAUCGCCGCCUGCUGCACCCUCUUCUGGAUCCUAGUCAUCUUCGCCCUCCUCGCCAUCCUCGUCAUCUACCUAGUUUUCCGGCCAAGAAACCCCAAAUUCGACAUCUCAAGCGCCACCCUCAACGCCGCCUACCUCGACAUGGGCUACCUCCUCAACGCCGAUCUCACCCUCCUCGCAAACUUCACAAACCCAAACAAGAAAGGCAAAGUGGAGUUCCAUUACGCCGUUGUGGAUCUCUACCACGACAAAUCCCCCAUAGCUUCCACUUACAUCCAACAAUUCUCCAUGAUGAACCAUGAAUACAAGUUCCAAGAUGUGCACUUGGUGACCAGCCAGGUUGGGCUCUCUGCAGAUCACAGUCAGAAGCUGAGAACUCAGAUUGAGAAUGGGAAAGUUAGGUUUGAAGUGAAGGGUCUGUUCAGAGUGAGGUCUGAUCUUGGGGGGAUUCUCAAGUACUCUUAUUGGCUCUAUAGCCAUUGCACAAUCAUGGUUUCUAGUCCUCCCACUGGGAUCUUGAUUGCAAAAAGGUGCAGCACAAAGCGUUGAGAUUGGAGAUCAGAUGAAAAUAACGUUAGAACGAGGUUAAUUUUGUUUAUAAUGUUUAUUAAUUGGUUAAGUAGUUUAUUGUAACUUUAAACUUCAUUGAUGAAUGGUGCUAUUGCAUUUGUUUUUUCCUAGAAAAUGUAUUUAUCCCAUUCUGAGGAUGGACUAUUGUGUAGCGUACCUGAGAUGAAUAACAAAGAUGAUUUAAACUCUU